AUGUCCAACCCAACCACGAUCCCCAUCUCCCUCCCCACAGGCCCAAUCCUCGCCCUCGCCCUCGAAGACGACCUCCUCCACGCCCGCGGAAUCCCCUACGCUUCCGCCCCACGCUUCACACCCCCACAGCCCAUUUCCGAACCAUGGACGCUCGAAAAGGACUGCACCACCCCCGCACCAAUAUGCCCACAGCUCCCCUCCCGCCUCGAAUCCGUCAUGGGCGGCCCCCUAACAGCCGGUCACGAACAGAGCGAAGAAUCCUGCCUAGCCCUCUCCGUCACCGCACCACGCGACAUACAAACCAACAAGAACCGGCCCGUCCUCGUCUGGUUCCACGGCGGCGCCUAUAUCUCCGGCGCAGGCGAUCUGGCCUGCUACCAGCCUCUCGAACUCGCGAGGGAAGGCGUCGUCUGUGUAACAGUGACGUAUCGCCUCGGUGUAUUCGGGUACCUGGGUCUGGAGGGCAUCGCGCCGCGGAAUCUGGGGCUGCUUGACCAGCGCGAGGCGCUGCGCUGGGUUCAGCGCAAUAUCGCUGCCUUUGGCGGGGAUCCCGGGAAUGUCACGGUCACGGGCCAGUCCGCGGGCGCAGACGCGAUUAUAUGUCUUAUGGCCGCUGAGGGAAGAUCAGCGAAGAACCUCUUCGCGCGCGCGAUACUGCUCUCUCCGCCGCUAAGGGAGAUCACGGAGCGCGCUAUGCAACGAACUGCGGAGCUGUUAUCGAAAAAGGCAGAGGGGUUCCUUACCAAGGAUCCGAGGGAGAUGUCCGUGGCCGAGCUACUAGAGUUACAAAAGAAGCUCCUGAUGAACCCCGUGCGGAAGCAGGUUAUGCUUUUUGCGCCGGCGGCCGGCGAAUACCCUCUACCAGCCGUCGAGGACUUUAAUAGACGCGUUGCAGAGGCCGUCGCCGAUGUCCCGAUACUGAUUGGGUGGACUGCGCACGACGGGCGGCCGUUUUCGGGGAUGAUGGACCCCUUGGCGGGACUAUAUGGUCUUCCCCUGCUCGGAUCAUUGCUGGAAGCCCUUCAGACGUGGUAUGUGACGCGGAGUUACUUCGCGUGGCCAUCGAAGGAGUUCCAUGCGUAUGUGCGCAAGGUAGGCGGGACAUCGACGACGUAUGAGUUUGCUUGGAGCGGGAGUGGGAGCGGGCUUGGGUCGUGUCAUUGUGUGGAUAUUCCAUUUGUAUUAGGGGCGAGGGGGGCGUGGGCCGGGGCGCCGAUGUUGAGGGGAAGUGGGACGGAGGAGGAUGUUGAGCGGUUGGGAAGGGAGAUUAGGGGGCUGUGGGUUGGGUUUAUGAGGGGGGAUUGGGUAGAGAGGGAGCAUCUGAGGUUUGUUUAA